AUGGACUUCACCACCUUCUCAAAUUCCGUAACAACUUCUCAUGCAAUUCCUCCCACACACCCUUAUCGUCUUCAACCUUCUCCUUUUCCUCCCCACUUCCCAUUUUCGAAUUUAAAGCGUUCGGGUUUGGUUAAGAAUCGGCUAAUCGCUCGUUGCACUUCUAAGUCCGAUGAUUUUGACUCUGUUAAUGGGUUGCAAUUUAAGCCCAAUAAGCUUUUUGUUGAAGAGGCUAUUGGAGCUGAGUAUGGGGAAGGCUUUGAGACUUUUAGGGCAGACGGACCAUUAAAAGUUGAUGUGGAUUAUCUGAAUGAGAAAUUGCAAGAUGGUUUUCUUCACCGCAUACGCUAUGCAAUGAAGCCAGAUGAAGCUUAUGGUCUGAUCUUCUCUUGGGACAACGUGGUGGCUGGUACACGAGCUGUAAAAAGGAAGGCAUGGGAGCAGCUGGCCUCUGAAGAGGGAAAGGUUAUUCCGGAAGAAGGUGAUAUGCACAAGUUACUGUUUUAUACAGGUGCCGAUUAUGUGUUGCAUAAGUUUUUUCUAUCAGAUAAGACAGAAAAUGAGUUAGACAGGCUAAAGUUGAGGUUUUCUCAGAUAUAUUAUGAUAAUCUUCUCAGACUUGCAAAACCAUUAGAUGGCCUCAAAGACUGGUUGGAAGCAGUUUAUACAGCUCGCAUCCCAUGUGCUGUGGUUUCAAGUCUUGAUAGAAGAAAUAUGUUAGAGGCUUUGGAGCGAAUGGGACUCAGCAAGUAUUUCCAGGCAAUUGUGACAGAAGAGGAUGGAAUGGAAUCAAUAGCUCAUAGAUUUCUUUCUGCUGCUGUCAAGUUGGAUCGUAAACCUUCCAAGUGUGUGGUUUUUGAAGAUGAUCCUAGAGGAGUAACUGCGGCACACAAUUGUACAAUGAUGGCUGUAGCAUUGAUUGGAGCUCAUCCUGCGUAUGAUUUGGGGCAGGCUGACCUUACAGUUGCUAAUUUUAGUGAACUUUCUGUGAUCAACUUGCGAAGACUAUUUGCUAACAAGGGUUCUUCAUUUAUGGACCUGCAGAAGCAGAUCAUAGAGAAAACUCCUUCCAAAAGGAAACUUACAAUAGACACUAUCUUUUAA